AUGAAUUUGUACCGUAAACCUAAAAGAAGUUCGUUCAAUUUUGGGACUAACUCGAUUGGCAGCGUUGUAUAUUAUAAGAUUAAAAGCUCAAUUCAAGACAAAAUCAAGUCUUACUUAAGCGAGGAGGCAGCUUUAUUGAGGGGCCCGUUUGGUGCAGUUUUGGUCGCCCGUGAAGACGGAGAAGGGCAAGACAAUGCUACUGUGUCAGGACGUUUGCCCUUACUGUACUUUACAAUGUACUCUGUCAAGUACCGGUGUCGACGCAUUCGAUACGCACGGGGUGUGGAUGAUCUUAGCCAACUCAGUCUUCCUGGUAGAGUAUUCGCACAGAAAACUCCUGAAUAUUGCCAAGACAGAGAUUGCUUUAUAAAUGAGAAUGAGUUUUCGCUCAAGUAUUAUGCCGAGUUUUGUGGUAUUGGUUGUUACGGGGCUUUUCCAGAAUUCCAUCUUAGUGGUGAUGAUGGCGAUGGUGAUGUCCUGCAGCAAUCCUGUUUUGGAGAGUUGGAGUACCUUUAUUUUGGACCGCACAGCUGGGAUUGGGAUUAA